AGAGAAAGCAUAACAUUUCACGUGUUGAUAUAGGACAUAAGGAAAUGGAAAAAAUAAUAAUCUGGCAAUUUUAAUUGAAAUCGGACAAAAUUUGUUUACUCUGGGCAAAGGUAAACGUAAAAAGGACUAAUUGGCCAAUUGCAACAAAGAAAUAAAAAGAUAUAUCAUUGAUUUCUUCAAUACGUACAAGGAAAGUGCUUUGACGAACAUGGUCGGUGAAAAUGGUACUGCGUCCUUGUGUAUGUCAUUAAUCACCAAAAAUCAUGGAAAUCUAAACAAAACUCUAGUUGGAUACUUCAGGGGUGGCGCUAGAAGCAAACAUUGAAGGUGCAGAGGAAAGUACGGAGAAUCCUUUCAAAUUAAACUUAUUGUCGUACGGACAGUCAGUGUUAUGUAAGGUGGGAUAUCUUCAUCGGCAAUAUUACACAAACUAGAAAUUAAAUUAAAAUGACAGUAAAGAGAUUAGAAGUAAAGAUAUCUCCAGUGAAGUAAUAGUAUUAUGCAAAAGUGCAAAAGCUUUGUUUAACAAGAAAAUAUACUUUGAGUUGCCUAUUGCGGUGUUUUCGUUUUUCGCAUCGUAGUCUCUCAGACGGGUGCAAUUAAAAGGCGAAGAAAAUCAUCAGAACAAGAUAGGCACAUACUUAUCGGAAAGAGGAAGGAUAUCAAAGACAAGGAUGGUACGAGAAAAUGGAACAGCACACCUUUGUCUGUCGCUGGCCCCAAACAACUCGGGGGAACAGAGCACAAUAAUUGCAGGAGCCAUAAUGAUUUUAUUUGCCUUUUUCAAUAUCCUGUCAAACUCCCUUUUGAUUUUUGCAUUGUACAAAUCGAAGCAGCUACGGACAUUUUCAAAUAAAUUCAUUCUCAUAAUGACAGUGUCGGAUUUGUGCUUGGGAGUUUUUACACAGCCUGUUACGGCGGCAAUCUGGAUAUUAAGUAGACAAAGAAACUGCCUUGAGCUCAAAUCUGUUGAAUUUACGGGGAUAUUUUUGGCAUAUAUUUCGGUCUUAAUGAUACUUUUGAUCUCGGUUGAUCGGUACCUUCAUGUUACAAAACCAGCCCGCUAUCGGAUGUUGGUGAAUGCAUUUCGAGUGACUGUGUCUGUAGUUCUUUCAGCAGUGCUUGCAUUUUGCUUUGCCUUAAUCUUUGUAAUCAAUACCUCUUUCUACCAACACACUUUUCUUACUAUUGUUAACAAUUUUAUGAUGCUUUGUUUUGCAAUAUUAAAUACCAAGACCCUUAAAAGCCUGGAAAGGCACGAGAAAAACACAGUCUUACGGUUAAAGCAGGAUAAAAGCGGUCAAGAAGCCUCAUGCCAUCAUAAAACAGCUCAGCUAACUGCAAUUAAGACAAUUCGAUGGGUUUUGGCAGCAUUUCUCAUCUUUUAUCUUCCAUAUAACAUUGUUUCAAUCGUUUGGAGUUACUUCAGAUUCCAAUUGAAAGUCGAACCUGGGAUGACAUUAAACGCCUCGUUCCAAUGGACAUACUUAAUCAUGUUUAGCGGGACUUUCAUCAACUCUUGGAUCAUAAUACGGGGUAAUACAAAGUGCAGGAGAAUCAUUUUAUCGAUCCUCCAAAAUAAAAGAGUUGGUUUUGAAUGAAAGGGAGAAUGCGAAAAGAUUGGCAUUUCCAAAAUAUCAUCAAAUCCCCAGUGGAACUGAAUCAGACAAGCAGGAUGUGUGGUAUCAAAAAAGGAGACAGAGAUGAUUUUUAAACAAUGCAUUAUUUAAAGUAUUGUUGAUAUUAUUCGUUGCUUAAUGUAUAUUGAGUAGUUAUACCUUCUUGCAACUUACUAUCGUUUUGAAAGCAUCAUCUAGUGUUGUAUUGUCUUAAUUGGCCUAAGAAGUGUUGAAAUGUUGAGAAACUUUGUAUGGAAUUAUUUAAAGAUUUCCUACCUCCGUGUGCAACAGAAAAAAAAUAUAGUUGCAUGCACUCAUUUUUUAAUAAAAUAAUCUAAUAAGUGAGUACUGGAUAGUUAGAAAAAAUUUAGAAAUUUCAGCACUCGAAGGAAAAUACAUGAAAAACAAUUUAAAAGAUGCUAUGAUUUAUUCCACAUUAUGCAGUGCUAGAACCGUUUUGUGCAAUGAUAUGAUAACAAGUAACAGUGUGCAUCCAUAAAACUAUUUGCACCCGUUAUACGGCAAACGUUAUGCAUUUUUCACAAAUUUCAAAAUUUAAUUUCUUAACCAGUUCUCAAUAACCAAUUAACCAGUAGAUGAUGAAAUCAAAACUGCUUGCUGAUUAUAUAUUUGAUUUCGUUUGUUUAUAAACCAGCAGAAUUUUCUGUCAAAUUCUACUAAGCAAGAGUGUUUUCCAAAUUUGUUCUCACCGAAGAAAAAAAAAGAAUCUAUGUUGCAAAACGAUCACAGGAAAAAAAUAUAAUAAACAAAACAUUCAACAAUCAGUUUAUUGUUUUUGCUAUUUAGUUACAAAGUAACGAAGCUACGAAUAUGUUGAUAUUUAGAAUGAACUUUUAAAAGUUUAAUGACCUCUUGUAUGACUAUAACAAGUUGCUCUAGUUGAGACAUUAUUUGCAAUUUCAAGAAACAUGAAAUUUCCUUCUAGUAUCUUUGUGGGAAAAUGGCGUCGCUCAUACAAGUAGAAAAAACAAAGGGCGUGGUUGGCAAGUUAGGUAUCUCGUGAUAAGUAAACUCUUCAGUAACAUUGUGUAUUGAAACUUCCCAAAGCAUUUAUAAUCUGGAGUACAGUAUUCUGUCCAAUUAACGGACACUCUAAAAGGUGGACACCUCUGAUUAGCGGAAAAUGUUUUCCCCAGUCGUUUUCUGGUCAAAGUCUCAUAAAAAACUUUCUAAAAAGCGGACACUUAAUUAGUGGACACUCUAAAUAACGGACAAUAUUGUUUGCACAAAAUAGUCAAUUUGGCUUUUUUUCUUUGCAAUUAGCGGACAGUACACAAAAUUUAGGAGCCAGCGAACAAAAAAAUGAGACAUAUGAAUAUUUGUUCAAAUUUUUAUUUCAAACACUUUGACACUUGAUAAUCUAGUUGGUUUUUUACAGUUUCAAGCUUCAUUACAGCCCAGUUUACUAACUUUUCUUGUCCAUAGAAGUG